AUGGAGGGCCCCCCACCCCUGGGAAGGGGCCCAACUGAGCCAUGGCGCCAAGCCCUGUCAAGCCAGCAGCCCAGGAAGCCGAGCAACACCAAGGCACCAAUGGCUGAGGGCAUCAGCCACUGGCAGGGAGUCCAGGUACCAUCGCCCCCAGAGGCCCAAUCUGCCCCUAGACCCAGGAGAUGUUGCCCUUUUCCCUGGGGUGGAGACACGCAGACCACCCCUGGUCCUGCAGUAGCAGGGAGGCCCAGCAUCCCAGACCUCGACCAGAUGGCCAACUCCUCCUCCCAGGCCCCUGCCCCGAUGGUGAACAGAGAACAGGGCUCAGCACUCACAUCACUGCUCCAUCAUUAUCACAGGAACCAACCUGGACCUCCAGCCAGCUCUGUGUCCUUACAGAGUGACGAGUCGAAGGGCGAUGGUCAUCCUCCUGCAAAGAGGUCAAAGAUGGAGGCAUCUGUUGAGGAGCAGCUGCUGGGCAUGCUGGAUGAUUUGGGAGAAGAGGAGCUUGACCGUUUCCACUGGUACCUGCAGAAGGGAGGUGAUUUCACCCCCAUCAAAAAGAGCCGCCUGGAGAAAGCAAGCAGAACGAGAACAGUGGAUGUCAUGGUGGGAACAUAUCCUACUGACCAUGUGAUGGAGGUGGCGAGGUUGAUUUUAAAGAAGAUUAAAAAAGAGAUUCUUCAGAGGUGUCAACUUAAACUCAAGUCUAAGCUGAAGGAUGAGUUUGAGUGUGUGUUUGAGGGCAUCGCUAAAGCAGGAAACCCAACCCUUCUGAAUCAGAUCUACACAGAGCUCUACAUCACAGAGGGAGGGACUGCAGAGGUCAAUGAUGAACAUGAGGUCAGACAGAUUGAAACAGCAUCCAGGAAACCAGACAGACCAGAAACAACAAUCAGACAAGAAGACAUCUUUAAAGCCUCACCCGGAAGAAAUAAACCAAUCAGAACAGUGCUGACAAAGGGAGUGGCUGGCAUUGGGAAAACAGUCUUAACACAGAAAUACAGCCUGGACUGGGCUGAAGACAAAGCCAACCAGGACAUCCAGUUCAUAUUUCCAUUCACUUUCAGAGAGCUGAAUGUGCUGAAAGAGGAAAAGUUCAGCUUGGUGGGACUUGUUCAUCACUUCUUUACUGAAACCAAAGAAGCAGGAAUCUGCAGCUUUGAAGACUUCCAGGUUGUGUUCAUCUUUGAUGGUCUGGAUGAGUGUCGACUUCCUCUGGACUUCCACAAAACUACAAUCCUAACUGACCCUAGAAAGUCCACCUCAGUGGAUGUGCUGCUGAUAAACCUCAUCAGGGGGAAACUGCUUCCCUCUGCUCACCUCUGGAUAACCACACGACCUGCAGCAGCCAAUCAGAUCCCUCCUGACUGUGUUGGCAUGGUGACAGAGGUCAGAGGGUUCACUGACCCACAGAAGGAGGAGUACUUCAGGAAGAGAUUCAGAGAUGAGGAGCAGGCCAGCAGGAUCAUCUCACACAUCAAGACAUCACGAAGCCUCCACAUCAUGUGCCACAUCCCAGUCUUCUGCUGGAUCACUGCUACAGUUCUGGAGGAUGUGCUGGAAACCAGAGAGGGAGGACAGCUGCCCAAGACCCUGACUGAGAUGUACAUCCACUUCCUGGUGGUUCAGGCCAAAGUGAAGAAGGUCAAGUAUGAUGGAGGAGCUGAGACAGAUCCACACUGGAGUCCAGAGAGCAGGAAGAUGAUGGAGUCUCUGGGAAAACUGGCUUUUGAUCAGCUGCAGAAAGGAAACCUGAUCUUCUAUGAAUCAGACCUGACAGAGUGUGGCAUCGAUAUCAGAGCAGCCUCAGUGUACUCAGGAGUGUUCACACAGAUCUUUAAAGAGGAGAGAGGACUGUACCAGGACAAGGUGUUCUGCUUCAUCCAUCUGAGUGUUCAGGAGUUUCUGGCUGCUCUUCAUGUCCAUCUGACCUUCAUCAACUCUGGACUCAAUCUGCUUAAACAUCAACAAUUUAAAUUGUCCAAGUUAUUUAGAAAACAAGAUUCAAGCAUAGAAACAGAAUCUGCAAAGAAACUCUUCUACCAGAGUGCUGUGAACAAGGCCUUACAGAGUCCAAAUGGACACCUGGACUUGUUCCUCCGCUUCCUCCUGGGUCUUUCACUGCAGACCAAUCAGACUCUCCUACGAGGUCUGCUGACACAGACAGGAAGUAGCUCACAGACCAAUCAGGAAACAGUCCAAUACAUCAAGAAGAAGCUCAGUGUGAAUCUGUCUGCAGAGAAAAGCAUCAAUCUGAUCCACUGUCUGAAUGAACUGAAUGACCGUUCUCUAGUGGAGGAGAUCCAACAAUACGGGAGUUCAGGAAGUCUCUCCACAGGUAAACUGUCUCCUGCUCAGUGCUCAGCUCUGACCUUCAUGUUACUGUCAUCAGAAGAAGAUCUGGAUGAGUUUGACUUCAAGAAAUACUCUGCUUCAGAGGAAGCUCUUCUGAGAAUGCUGCCAGUGGUCAAAGCCUCCAACAAAGCUCUACUGAGCAGCUGUAACGUCUCAGAGGAAGGCUGUGAAAAUUUGUUGUCAGUGGUCAGCUCCCAGUCCUGUAGUCUGAGAGAGCUGGACCUGAGUACCAACAGCCUGAAGGCUUCAGCAGUAAAGCUUCUGUCUGCUGCAGUGGAGAGUCCACACGCCAAACUGAAUAUUCUGAGACUUAACAUCUGUGAACUCUCAGAGGAAAACUGUGAAGCUCUGUCCUCAGUUCUCAGUUCACAGGCCUCUAGUCUGACAGAGCUGGACCUGAGUAUCAGAAAGCUGCAGGAGUCAGGAGUGAAGCUUCUGUCUGCUGGACUACAAAGUUUAAACUGUAAACUGAAUACUCUGAGACUGAGUGGCUGUAACCUGUCAGAGAGAAGCUGUGAAGCUCUGUGCUCAGUCCUCAGCUCCCAGUCCUCCAGUCUGAGAGAGCUGGACCUGAGUAACUCUGACCUGCAGGAUUCAGGAGUGAAGCUUCUGUCUGCUGGACUAAAGAGCUCACAGUGUGCAGUGGAAACUCUCAGUCUGUCAGGCUGUCUGAUCACAGAGGAAGGCUGUACUUCUCUGGCCUCAGCUCUGAGCUCCAACCCCUCCCAUCUGAGAGAGCUGGACCUGAGCUACAAUCAUCCAGGGGACACAGGCAUGAAGCUGCUGUCGGCUGGACUGAAGGAUCCAGGCUGGAGACUGGACACUCUCAGGGUGGAGCCUGCUGGACUCCGAUGGUUGAGACCAGGUCUGAGGAAGUAUUCCUGUCAACUCACAAUCGACACAAACACAGUGAACACAAACCUCCAACUGUCUGACAACAACAGGAAGGUGACACGUGUGAACGAGGUUCAGUCAUAUCCUGAUCAUCCAGACAGAUUUGAUGUUGAACAGCUGCUGUGUAGAAAUGGUCUGACUGGUCGCUGUUACUGGGAGGUCGAGUGGAGAGGAAAUGUUGAUAUAUCAGUGAGUUACAAAAGAAUCAGAAGGAAAGGAGGCAGCUACUGUGUGUUUGGACUUAAUGAUCAGUCCUGGAGUCUGAGCUGCUCUGAUGAUGGUCCUCGUUCUAGUCUCCUCUGA